UUGAGAGAGAGAGAGAGAGAGAGAGAGAGAGAGAGAGAGAGAGAGAGAGAGAGAGAGAGAGGGAGAGACUGCAGCAUCAUUUGAGGGACGUUCACAUGCAGUGCAGUAGAACGUGCAGGUGAGGGGAGGAGGAGAAUGCGGGACUUUUCCUCAAACACUUCACACACAUCCACUACGGACUCCGGAGGAAUUACUAAAGGCUUUUGUUGCCAGUUCUCUAUCCUGCUCACCAUCUUUCCAUAAGUGGCUAAAUUACGUGCUCUGAGAAGUCGAACUGAAAAGCUUUUCUCUUUGUCAAGUUCGCCGUAAAGGAAUCUAUAAGAGCUUGGCACGCGCGCGUAAGACUGCGGGGAAAGCUUUCCGAUUUUCCUCUCGCUGGGGUUUAAGGUAAGAGAACAUACGAUAUCGGGAAAAAAAAGACUUUGUAAAGCACUUUGGCGUAUUCCCAGCCAGUAGCGCAAGCUCUGGGAUGCGAAUGUGAGAGCUGAAUUCACAGACAGAUCUCUUUUGUGUUCUACUGCAUUGCAGUUUAAAACACUGAAAGCGCGAGAGGAGCCCGCGCUCCGCAGCAUCUCAAUGAGCCGGACAAAGUCAUUUAAACUGCUCAAAUUUGACUCCUGUUUACUCCUAAAAGACACAAAGGAACAUUCUUGUCCGUAAAAGAGCUGUAAAGACUUAUCGCCGAUGCCGAGGUCUUCGCAAAGUGGAUGUUUUAUUGUAUCGUGUUGAAAACGUGACCGGGGAAUUCAAAGACUGCAGGAGAAAAUAAGAUUUUUGCCGAAGGAAGCGUUUAUAGAGAUUAAUCGGUAGCGAGCCUGCCGUGGACCAGAGGAAGCUGCAGAUAGAGAGUGAAAGGAAGAGAGAGGAAGAGAGAGAGAGUCAUGGGGAGCAGGAGCGUUGGCGCAGUGCACUCCGCGCGCUGCUACCUCGUGCUUAUCCUGCAGCUGCUGACUCAGCUCCCGCGCGCCAAUUCAGUGCUGCGCUACCGCGUGGCAGAAGAGGGGCCGGCCGAUGUGCAUAUUGGGAACGUGGCUUCAGAGCUGGGGCUGUCCACCUCUGGGAUCGGGACUGGUGAUGUCACUUUUGCUUUGGAAUCUGGCUCAGAAUACUUCAAAAUUGACAACGUCACCGGAGAGCUUACUACAGGCAGCAAGAGGAUUGACAGAGAGAAGCUGCCGCAGUGUCAGAUGAUAUUUGACGAGAACGAGUGCUUUUUGAACUUUGAGGUGUCAGUCAUAGGUCCCCUACAGAGUUGGGUGGAUCUCUUUGAUGGCCGUAUUGUAGUCACAGACAUCAAUGACAACACCCCCACUUUCCCUUCACCAGUGCUCACGCUGUCUGUUGAGGAGAAUCGGCCAAUCGGCACUCUCUAUCUUCUACCCACAGCCACAGACCGUGAUUUUGGUCGCAAUGGCAUUGAUCGGUAUGAGCUUAUCCAGGACAGUAGAGAUGGGGGGUCAUCUUUGCGGCGGCCUGCGAACGGGCCUACUAAUGGGAAUGGUGGCGACCGAAGGAGAGGGUCAGAAACAGGGGCAGGACCUGCCAGCAGGAGCAGUGUGUUUGAACUGCAAGUUGCCGACACACCUGAAGGACAGAAACAGCCCCAGCUGAUUGUGAAAGGCCCUCUAGACCGUGAAGCACGAGAUUCUUAUGAACUCGUGCUACGGGUUCGCGAUGGCGGUAACCCUCCCCGCUCCUCACAAGCUCUUUUACGAGUGUCCAUCACGGACGUCAACGACAACAGUCCGCGCUUUGAGAGAGCCGUGUAUGAAGCAGAAAUGGCAGAAAACGCCCCACCUGGCACACCUGUCCUGCAGGUGCGCGCCACAGACCGUGACGUCGGCGUGAAUGGGCAGGUUGAGUAUGUGUUUGGAGCAGCGACAGAAUCAGUGAGACGCCUCCUGAGGUUGGAUGAAGCAUCAGGUUGGCUGAGCGUUCUGCAUCGCAUAGACCGCGAGGAAGUUUCACAGCUACGCUUUACUAUCACAGCUCGUGACCGCGGCCAACCACCUCGCACUGACCGCACUACAGUUGUUCUAAAUGUAAGGGAUGAAAAUGACAAUGUACCCAUAGUGGAAAUUCGAAAAAUUGGACGAAUCCUUGUUCGGGACGGUGCUGCAAUGGUUCCAGAGAACGUGUUGGUGGACACUCCAGUAGCGUUAGUGCAGGUGUCAGACCGCGACCAGGGAGAGAAUGGUGCGGUUACCUGCACUGUGGUUGGGGAUGUGCCAUUCACGUUGAAACCGGCGGGUGAGACAGCCCUAGCACCUCCACCUGCCACGGAUGAUGCCUUUGAACGAAACAAAAAGAAAUAUUUUCUCCACACCUCAGCACUUUUGGAUUACGAAGCUACUCGUGAGUAUAGUGUCACUAUCGUGGCAGUGGACUCCGGUAGCCCAAGCCUCUCAAGUAAUAGUUCCCUUCUGGUACGUGUGGUGGACAUCAAUGACCACGCUCCCACUUUUGCCCAGAGCUUAGUGGAAGUGCAUUUUGCAGAAAAUAAUGCCCCAGGAGAACGAGUGGUCACAGUAGUGGCUUCUGAUGCAGACAGUGGUAAGAAUGCAGAGAUUGCAUACUCACUGGACCCAUCUGUUAAUGGAGCUUUUUACAUUGAUGCCGAUAAUGGGGAUAUUCGUGCCACUGGGGCACUAGAUAGAGAGCAGAGGGAACGCUAUGAAUUUCGUGUGAUAGCUCGAGAUAAGGGCACCCCGUCUCUGCAGGGCUCUGCUACUGUCGUAGUCCAGGUCACAGACAGGAAUGACAAUGCCCCCAAAUUUGUCCAGGAAGUCUUCACAUUCUAUGUCAAAGAGAACCUGCUCACCAAUAGCCCCGUCGGCAUGGUGACUGUUACUGAUGCAGAUGAAGGUGAGAAUGCAGAGUUGAGCCUUUUUGUUGAGCAUGAUGAAGAGGAAGGUGGAGAGGAGGGCAAAGAGGGAAAGCAAGAAGUUUUCUCUAUUGAAAAUAACACUGGAACCAUUUUCUCCUCUGCAUCCUUUGACCGCGAACGACGUAACACGUACUCAUUCCGUGUGCGUGCUGUUGAUGGCGGAGAACCGCCACGAUCUGCCACUGCCACCGUCUCCCUGUUUGUCACUGAUGAAAAUGACAACGCGCCAUCCAUCACAUCACCCUCUAAUGAAUCAUACACCCUUCUGCCACCGGCUAGCGGGGCUCGGACUGUAGUCCGCACAGUCUCAGCAACCGAUGGUGACACAGGGUCUAAUGCCGAUCUCCGCUAUGCUCUGGUAGGCGGAAACCCUUUCCGUCUGUUUGAAAUUGGCUCUAGUAGUGGGGUCAUAACCUUGGCAGAGCCCCUGGAGAGAAGACACAGGGGUCUGCACCGAUUGGUGGUCCGGGUCAAUGACAGCGGCGUGCCUUCCCUGUGUGCCACGGCACUGGUGCAUGUCUUCAUCAACGAGAGCUUGGCCAAUGCUACGCUGGUGGAUGCACAGGUGGCCCGCAGCCUUGCAGUCCCCCUCUACAUGGAUAUUGCAGGUGACCCAGACAGCGAGAGAGCUUUGGGUAAACAACGCCUGAGCGUUGCCAUCGGUGUCCUGGCUGGUGCUGCUGCAGUUAUUCUGGUGAUCCUUUUGGUUGUGACAGCACGACAGUGUGGGGCGCAGGGUAAGAAUGGCUAUGAAGCUGGGAAAAAGGAGCCAGAAGAGGACUUUUUCAGUCCACAACCUCCCCCUCUACAAGCCCAGGGCUCCCAAAACGAACGUGGGCGCAAACCACGCAGAGACAAGCGUAAUAACGGUACUGCCAAAUCUGAGCGUUCUUUAUACAGUGGAAUUAUGACGGUGAAUGGCUGCAGACGUGGGGGAGGCGAUGAAGAAGAGGAGGACGAAGACGCUAGCAGCGCCAGUGAGAGGAUUGCAGCACGCUAUUGUGCUGCAGCUAACGGAGACCCAAGCAGUCCAAGACUAGGCUCAAGACGUCACCAAUCAAGUCCAGAUCUGGCCCGCCACUACAAGUCCAGCUCUCCUUUGCCUGCAGUUCAUCUUCAGCCCAACUCACCACCAGUGGAAGGCAAGAAGCACCAAGCAGUGCAGGAACUGCCCCCCACUAACACCUUCACUGGCAACGGCACCGGUAAUGCAGACGCCAUGUCACUCAGCUCAGACCAGUGCUCCGAUUACGGCUGCCAAACUGUCAAGUACAGCAAACAGCCCCUCAGAAGAGUGACAUUUUCUGUGGUGAGUCAGGCUCCUGAUCAAGGCUGCUAUGAUAGUGGAGUGGAGGACUCUGAGACCCCAAGCAGCAAGAGCUCCUCUGGACCCAGACUGGGAUCUUUACCGCUGCCUGAGGAUGGAUAUGAAAGGACGACACCAGAAGGGAGCGUAGGCGAAGAGGAGCAUGUGGAAAAUGACCCCAGGCAGCUCCCUGAUGUGGCUCUGACAGGAAAGUGCACACGAGAAUGUGAUGAGUUUGGUCACUCUGACACCUGCUGGAUGCCUGUGCAACCGUCACCACGCAGACGCAUGGAACCACCCCAACUCUCCACCUUCGCCUCGCCCGGCGAUAACAACAACAACACGGAGGACGACAGCGACCGAGAGGAAGAUGGAGAUGGAGGCACAGAUAAGAGCAGCGGAGGAAGCGAGGAGGUCCGGGAUUCGCUUGCGAACGGAGAUCCUCUCGGAACGCUCAGCCGUCGGGACCGGAACAGGAACAUGGGCGACCACAACCGCAAUCUCCUGAACCGGAAAAUGACCUCGGCGUCCUACGACACUUUCAGCAGCGCCGGCUUCGGCCGUCGUCCGGAUGAAGAAGACUCACACCCCCCAGAGGUCAUCCCGCUUACGAGGACGGGGGGCGACUAUAAGACCACCUCGUGCCUCACUCUGUCUCGCAGGGAAGUGUACCUGUGAGCUGCAGGCGGCCCGCGUGCCACGGGGCGGCCCGGAGCAACUUCACUGCAUCGAGCAGGAGGAUCAUCGAGAGACUAGCGCAUACCUGUUCAAAACAGGCGUCUUCUCCUUGCCAAAAAUUCAUCAUCUGUUCAUUUCUCUAGAUGCAAAAUAUCAAAGUUGAGGAGAAAAAGCGAAUCAUCUUUUGUUCUUUCAUAAACUUGGAUUGACUUUGUCAAUGGCAAACGUUUGCAUGUUAGGCCUCCCACAGACAGGGGGCGAUGUGGGGACUGAAGUACAAAAUCCAGUCACGGACCACAUAAAUGGCUCUUCAUGAAAAUAAAAACAUGUAGCAUCAGGAAAAAAUCCUAACCAAUCAUAGGGCGACAGUGGCAUCUAAAUGUUAACUAGUUUCCUGUUGCUGAGCCAAUAUGGUUAUUUAACUACAGUCACGUGGUAAACACUAGACAUGUAAAUGCUUUCAUCACAGACUUUUAGAGAAAAAAAAAAGAGGGACAAAAAAAAAAUCCGGUCAUCCGUCUUUAUCAUUUGUAAAGCUACUUGUUUUUCUUUUUUUAACAAAUAUGGAAAUAUACUACAGCUCUGAGUAGUGCUUCAAAACUUUCAGAUUGAAUUCUUCACUAUUUCAUUGCUUCUGUAAUGGAGCAAUUAUCACAAUGACUGUUAAAUUACCAUCCCAUCAGAUCUCAGAGUUGAAAUCAGCCAAUUAUGUCAUGUGACAUACUCUGUACACAGCACAAACAUACACACACACACUGAUACAUGUCUAUAUCCAUUUAGUGCAGAUGUGUGUGUAAAAGUGUAUGUACUGUAUAAACGGACAUUUUGGCAUACCUGAGGCUUUUUUGAGAAAUGGUUUUUUGAAAGUAGAUGUAGCAUUUUUGCCUGCUUGAUCUUCAACUAGUAUAUAAGACACUGAAGUGUAUUUGAAUAACUAAUCAUCUGUGUAAAGUGCAUACACAGGGGCAUUAAACAAUGUUUAGAUACAUCUAUACUAUACUAUAAACAACAAAUAUACUGUAUCUCAUCCCUUUUAAGUAGAGCUCAUAUUUAAACCAAAUUUCUUUAAAGGCAACACUGCAUGAGGAUAAGCUAAUGCUUAUUUUGUUAAAUAAGAAUCAGAUUUUGUUGUUUUUCUGAGGAUAUAACCUCUAUAGGAGGGGAGUGUGCGAUUGUUUGUGUGCGUGUGUGUGUGUGUGUGUGUGUGUGUGUGCGUGCGCGAAUGCAAAGCGAGGUCGGUGAAGAGCUAGAUCUUUAAUUUAGCCAGAAAUGACACACACAACGUAGUUGUUCAAAUACCUGUAUCACAGUUCAAACAAAUUAAGACAUUUUAAUGAGUCUUUGUUAAUCUUACGGCAGCCUCGUCCAGGUCUUGGCAUCUCAUCAAGCCUCUGGAAUUUCAAAUUGAGUUUAGGAAUGGCUUUUUUUUUAGCUCUUGAUAUGCAUUGUAAGUACAAUCUGACUGAUAAGAACAAACUGACAUGUAUUUCACCAACUCUCAGGAAACUUGAGAUUCAGUGUGUGUUCUCGGCCCAUUAUCAACGCUGAGCUUUAGUCCGAAUUUGUCCUCACAAGGCCAUACUGUUGGGGAGCCAGUUUUCCCGCCCUUUUCCUUUUUCAGACUCAUCGUACCUGUUGAGGGUGACGAUGUUGAAGUGUGCGUGUUUCCUGGCUUCCCACGGUGAGAAAUGCAGACUCAUCUCUUUCACUUCACGGAACAGCCUUGGGUCUGGAGCGGGACUGGUGGACUCCAGUCCAUCUAUGCCAAAAUCUGUCCAGCUAUUCCUGUUUUACUGGAUGCACUGGUGCACAAACUUACCUGAAAAAGACUAGCCCAGAACCUGCGGUUCAGUGCCUGGAUGAGAGGAAAAUGCUGAACUGGCCUAUACAGGGUUUGUGAAACUGGAGGACUCGAGAAGAGGGAAUCUGUGUUUCCUUUGCCAGGUUUAUAGGCUAAAUAUGCUGUUAUACAGCAGUCUGUAAGUAGUGUACAUUAUGGGGUGCAUAACGGACUACGUAUAUCAAACCGUGUGUUUUCGUUCUUUCUUUUUUUUUACUGCACGUUUACCUAACAGUUCAACUCACUUACUGCAAAACGGGGAGGGACGGGGAGGGCAAAAUAACAUUGUGUCUAAAGCGUAACAUUCACUUGAACUUUUUUAUGAGAUAAACACUGAAUUCAUGUACUCGCCCAACAUCUGCCAUUUUACUGCUACCCUGUAGAGAAAUGACCACUGAACUUUAACCUGAAAGGCAUGUUGACGGUCUUUAAUCCUGCACCUGUGAGGAAAAUGUUUUUUAUUUCUCUGUUUUUAUGCUAUGUGAAAGAGGAGUUUUUGAAGCUCUCUCUCUCUCUCUCUCUCAUGGAGUUAAUGCGUUCAUUGCGUUUGUUAUGACAAAUAACAAAUCAAAAGGGGUUGGAAUGGUUUGAAAGUUUGGUAUGUGACAUGUAAAAGUUUGAUUUUGACAUUAAAACACCUUUAAACCGU